AUGGAAGAAAAGGUUCAAAAAUAAUAUAUUGAUUGUGUUAAAAAGCUGCAGAGAUUUAUCUAAAGUAACGUGAAUGACUAAAUUAGACUAUCCUGAUAGAGUACCAGGGAAGGUGCAAUAAAAAUUGCAAGUUCUCCAAUCGUCAAUUGAUAAUCAUAAGUAAGGGAAAGCGAAGUUAUUGUUAGAAGAAGAGAUAUAAUAAUUAAUAAAUCCACCUAUUCCUGUGAAAAUUCGCAUGUAUAUUGAUAUUGUGAACUCGUUUAUAUAUUAUGAAGAUGAAGUAUAGGGACGUCUUGAAAUGAAAAAAAAGUCUGGAUGGUUUUGGAAUAAUAAAAUUUAAAAAUUAAAUAUGAUGGAUCGUAAACUUCUGAUAUCUAGGAAUGAUCCAAAGAAGAAAUAGAAAUAAUUAAAACUGUUAGAUUUUUCUUUAAAAUGGUGUACUUUAUUUUUAUAUUUAUUAAGGUGUGAAUCAAUGAAAAAUAAGUUUUGUUUCUAAAUUUGUAGAAAAGAAACAUUCUUAUUUGGAAGUGAAGAUUUAUAAUAAGCAGAGAGAUGGUUUGAUUAUUUAAGGUAAUGUUGUGCUUUUAUAGAUGAUGAUUAAUUAAAAAAAAUAAAGUAUGAUUAUAAUAUUAUUAAAUGAAGAUAAUAAAAAUAAUUUUUACGAUAAUCUAAAGAUUUAAAUCAAUCACUUAAUAUUUAUCCUUAAAAGCAUUCAGAAAUAAUCUAAUCUAUGCCUUAGAACAUAAUUGAUGAAACAGCAAAAACUCAUUACAAAACCUAAUCUUAAGUGUAAACAAAAUAUAUGGAUAAUACACAAAAAUAAAAUGAUUAAUAAUAAUAAUUAAUAAAAAAGGAUUAAAAAGUUUCUGUUAUAUCUAUAUAAAAUGAUAAAGAAAAUAAAUAAAAUGUGAUUUAACUUGAAAAAAAGGUUCCAACUCUUCUAUAGAAUAUAAUAAAUUAAAAAGAGUUAUUCUAUAUGGAUAGAUUAAUGGAUGAUUCAGAAUAUUAAUUGAUAAGCUUUAAAAAUAAAUUGAGGUAUUGAUUCAUCUAAUAAUACUAGAAUAUUGCAACAUAAAACAUAAAAAGAAAAAAUAAAAGCUAUUUUGAAUNUUAUUGAAAGUAUUUUAGAAUCGGGAAAACUGAUUAAAAUGCUUGGAUAUCAAUAUCAAAUGGAAUCUAAAUCAGUUUCAUAUCAAAAUAUAGAACAAACCACUAUACUUAUUAAUUAAUUUUUAUUUUAGCAUUAAAAUUUAUAAAUUAAAAAUGGAUAAUUAUUAAUAUUAUGA